AUGUCCGUCCCGAAACCCGCCACGGAUGCCUUCCCCGACGACUCCCUCAUCCAAUCCAUCACGGCCUACGUCAAAGCCUACAUGCAGAACUACGACGCCUCCCAUUCCUGGGACCACAUCGAGCGCGUCGUCUCCUUGGCACAUUAUAUAUACGCCCACUCAGACCCGGCUUUCCAGUCCACGCUCGACCUACGAACCAUCCAUCUGGCCGCCCUGCUGCACGACGUAGGCGACCACAAAUACCUCCAACCGAACGAAUCACCCUCAACCCAAAUCCAAACCCUCCUCCUCUCCCACUCCUGCCCCCCUUCCCUCGCCACACAAAUCCAAACCAUCUGCUCGGGCGUGAGCUACUCCUCCGAAAUCAAAGACCCCUCCCGCGUAACCGCGCUCAUCGCAACACAUCCGGAAUUGGCCGUCGUGCAGGACGCCGACAGGUUGGACGCAAUCGGCGCUGUGGGCAUCGGGCGCAUGUUCACGUACGGCGGGGCGAAGACGGCUCGGGAUAUGGCAGGGACGAUGGCGCAUCUCGAUGAGAAGCUGGUCAGGCUCGAGGGAAUGAUGAAGACGGCUGUGGGCAGGGAGGUGGCGCGGGUGAGGGGGGAGAGGUUGAGGGUUUUUCGGGGGUGGUGGGUGGAUGAGAUUCGGGGGCUGGAAGUGCCAAGGUGA